AUGGAAGAGGAAGGAAAGGUAAUAAUGAAUGGUAUGACAAGCAAUGGAGAAGACACAACAACGACAAGAGUGUUUCCUUGUUUCUUUUGUUCGAGAAAGUUUCACAGUUCACAAGCUUUGGGAGGUCAUCAAAAUGCACACAAGAAGGAGAGAACUGCGGUGAGGAAGGCGAAAAGAGCAUCAGAAUAUGCAAUGAGCAACUCCUUUGCGCCUCCUCCGCCGCCAUCACUUGUUUUUGCUCCAAACCAUCAUCAUCUUGGCCUUUUCAGUCCUUCACUCUACAUAACAGCACAUGCAGCUGCUAAUCAGAGUCAAUUUUCCGGCCAACAAUUCUCCGAUCGGUUUGGAUCAAGUGGCGCGCCACGAUUCGAGAAUAUGGUGUUUUACCGUGGAAAUUGUUUGAAAAAUCCAUAUCAAAUGGAAGAGGAUGAGCAGAGCUAUUUGAAUUGGCAGAGGAGUUUAAGGUGCAAUGGCUUUGAUGGAGGGUCGUCGCAACAAAUGAAAGCGAAUCAGAGUGAUGAUAGGGAUAAAGAUCAGAAGCUUGAUCUGUCUCUCCAUUUAUAGAUAGAUAUAUGGAGAGAUGAAAUUAAGAUGGAUAUGUGGGAGAGUCUGUUUUUGAGUUUUGAAGAAGCAGAGGUUAGACAUGAAGAAAUGGCCUCACAUGUUACAUUUCAGUAGAUGUUUCAAUAAUACAGUAAUAAAAGAGACAUGCCGCUUUCUUUCUUUUUUUUUAUGUAUAGAUUUUUUAUUUUAUUUUUUUGUACUUGCGUAGAAGUUUACAUAUCUUGGGCAAAUUUAGAAUAGAUACUACCAGCUAAAAAAAUAAAUAAAUAAAUAAAGAGGAACACUUAAAUGACUUACAUUUAUAGGAUGAGUAAAAUACAAAAUGAACUUCUAAAUAAAAGCUAAUUUGAUAUAAUGUAACUUUUUUUUUUUUUUUGUUUGACUAGGAUAGAAGUGUGGAGCUUUUUAAGGCGUUCAUAAUUCAUCACUGAGUAUAUAUAGUCUCUCGUCCCACUUAAGAGUAGUGUCAUGUACUUCUUCAAUGACUUGUAGGAUAUAAGUUCCUCAAUGGCAUACACUAUAGA